UCAUUAGAAAUGUAAAAGAUCUAUCAUGACUUUUAAUUGGUAAGGAGAAGGGUCCUAAUGGGCCAAAACCUGAAACCAAAUAAAUAAAAAAAAAGAAAGACCUGAGAUUGACUAGUGGUGGAAAGUAGGGCCAACCAUGGGUGUUGGGUUCAGCAAAUAGUCCGGUCGUCUUAAACAUGACGAAACGAAUCCCAUUCUUACUUUGAUUUCGAAAGCAUCACUUUCUCUCUCUACAAUACUUUCUCUCUAUAGUCUCUGCAACCUCAAUUUUGGAUGAGCACAUUUCUCAGAUUUUAUACUCAGUCAUGGGCGAUUAUUCUCCAACUGCUGAUGAUUUUUCCCCAGAAAUUGAGUCGGGGAUCACUUUAAUUCCCCCUAUUCCGAAGGAAGAUCCCUGGAUUAUAGCUCGAAAGUAUCAGUUAGAAUUGGCAAGAAAAGCUUUGGAUGAAAAUGUGAUUGUGGUUUUAGAGACUGGUUGUGGGAAGACCCUUAUUGCUAUUCUAUUAAUGUGUGAUAUGGCUGACCUUAUAAGAAAGCCUCAAAACAAUGUCUGUAUUUUCUUGGCUCCUACUGUCGUAUUAGUUCAUCAGCAAGCUAGGGUUAUUCAACACUUCACUGAUUUCAAGGUUGGAACCUACUGUGGUGAUGAUGCCAAACAUUUGAAGACUCAUAUCGGCUGGGAAAGAGAGCUUGAGCAAUAUGAGGUUCUUGUUAUGACUCCACAAGUUUUGCUACGUAAUCUAUGCCAUUGCUUCAUCAGGAUGGAGUCAGUUGCUCUCUUAAUAUUUGAUGAGUGUCAUUAUGCGCAACUUGAGAGUAAUCAUCCCUACGCAGAGAUUAUGAAGGUCUUUUACGAUACGAAGGUUAAUAAAGUUCCGCGCAUUUUUGGCAUGACUGCAUCUCCUAUAUGUGGGAAAGGGGCCUCUAUCAAUAGUCUUCAAGCUUUACUUCAUGCUAAGGUUUAUACUGUUAAUGACAAGAGAGAACUGGAAACAGUUGUUGUAUCUCCUGUGGUUGAAGUGUAUCACUAUAGCUCAAGCGAAAUAAUGUCGAGCGCUCAAAAGAAGUGUUUGGAUAAACUGGAGGAGGUUAAACGUCAGUGUACAUCUAUGCUUUCCAGGACUGGAGAUGAUCUUGCUAGAGUACAGAACACCAAGAAACUUCUGCAAAAACUUCAUAACAACAUGGUGUUUUCAUUAACCAGCCUCGGCCUUUGGGGAGCAUUGCAAGCAUGUCACAUCCUUCUGAAUGGUGGUGUCUGGGAGAGAGAUGAGCUGAUAGAUGCAAAAGGAAACUCCAGUGAUGACUUGUUACAAAAUGAGUAUCUUGCUCAGACUGCAUCUCUUCUAGACGCAGAGUGUAUGGGAGAAGCCACUGAAGGAACGGCUGACAUGUUUUGUAACAAGCUUCUAAGGGAGCCAUUUUUCUCGCAAAAGGUUUUGCGUCUUGUUGGAAUCUUGUCAAAUUUCAGGUCAAGGCGUGAUAUGAAAUGUAUAAUAUUUGUGAAUAGGAUUAUCAUUGCCAGAUCUUUGGCAUAUAUCCUUGGACAAAUUAAGAUCUUAUCUGCUUGGAAGUGCGAUUACUUGGUUGGAGUCCACUCAAAGCGUAUGUCCAGAAAAACCAUGUAUAAUAUUUUAGAAGAAUUUCGGUCUGGAAAGCUGAAUCUGUUGGUUGCUACUAAAGUUGGUGAAGAAGGACUUGAUAUACAGACAUGCUGUCUUGUAAUACGGUUUGAUCUUCCUGAAACUCUGGCAAGCUUUAUACAAUCCAGAGGUCGUGCACGAAUGCCUCAAUCAGAAUAUAUUUUUUUGGUCGACAGUGAAAGCGAGAGAGAAAUAAAUCUGAUGGACAGUUUUAGGAAAGAUGAGAAUCUCAUGAACAUGAAUAUUAGAGACAGAAAACCCAACGGAGUUAUUGCCAAUAACAAAGAAGAGAUAUAUUCAGUGGAUUCAACUGGUGCUACCAUUAGUACUCAAACUGGCGUUUCAUUGCUCUACCAUUAUUGCUCUAAAUUGCCACAUGAUGAAUACUUUUCCCCUAUGCCAGAUUUCUAUAAUGUUGAUGAUACGGAAGGAAUCAUAUGCCACAUUAUUCUUCCUUCUAACGCUCCUAUUAAUCACAUAGUGAGUGCACCUCAAUCUUCAAAAGAAGCAGCUAAGAAAGAUGCUUGUCUAAGGGCAUGUGAAGAAUUGCAUCAAGUUGGUGCCUUAACUGAGUAUCUGUUGCCAGAACAAGAUGAUGUGAGGGAAAGCCAUGAUGUUUCUGAUUCUGAGAGCACUGAAGAUGAGGAUUCACCUUAUGAGCUACAGGAGAUGGUAAUUCCGGCUGCAUUGAAGGAACCUUGGUCUGAUCAGGACAACCUUGUUUGUCUGUACUCCUACUUUAUAAGGUUUAAACCUAAACCACAUGAUAGAAAGUAUAAAGACUUCGGACUUUUUAUAAAAUCACCUCUGCCUCUUGAGGCUGAGCAAAUGAAGAUUGAUCUUCAUCUUGCCCAUGGUAGAUCUGUGUUUACUGAUCUGAUUCCCUUUGGAGUUGCAGAAUUUAGCAAAGAAGAGAUGCUGCAGGCACUGAAUUUUCAGGAAAUGUGCCUGAAGAUCAUCCUUGAUAGGUCUGAAUUCAUGUGUGGUCAUGUUCCCCUUGAGAAAAAUAAAGUUAAUGAAUCGAGUUCAUCCGUCUUCUAUCUGUUGCUCCCUGUCAUUUCUCGACAAUAUGACAGCUCAAUAUCUGUGGAUUGGAUGACCAUUAGGAGGUGUUUGUCAUCGCCAAUAUUCGCGCCUCCCGAUCAAUUAUCGGAUACCUGUAUUUCUCUGGAUAGUCAUUUGCAGCUUGCUGAUGGGCCUGCCAGUGUGAAUGAUAUCCUAAAUAGCUUAAUAUAUGUUGACCACAGAAAGUCAUUCUUCUUUGUUUCUAAAAUUCUUCCUGACAAGAAUGGCCAUAGUCUUGUCAACAGUUCUACAAGCCAUGUAGAUCACCUGAGUGAAAAGUUUGAAAUCAAUCUAACUCACCCUGGACAACCUCUACUACAAGCUAAACAGCUUUUUUGCCUACACAAUUUGUUGCAUGACCGCCCAACGGGGAAUUCAGAGUCACAUGAACUAGACGAGUACUUCUUCGAAUUGCCUCCUGAGCUAUGUGAACUAAAGAUAAUUGGCUUCUCUAAGGACAUUGGGAGUUCAUUGUCUCUGUUGCCAUCUGUCAUGCAUCGCCUGGAAAGCUUUCUUGUAGCACUUGAAUUGAAAGAUAUGUUGUCAAAGUCAUUUCCCGAGGGAGUGGUGGUUACUGCUGAACGCGUUUUUGAAGCAUUGACUACAGAAAGAUGCCAUGAGGGCUUUUCUCUUGAGAGGCUUGAAGUUCUUGGUGAUUCUUUUCUCAAGUUUGCAGUGGGGAGACACCUAUUUCUUAAGCAUGAAGCUUUUGACGAAGGGCAGUUGACUAGGAGGCGUUCAAAUUUAGUGAACAAUUCAAAUUUAUGCAAGUUGGCUAUUAAGAACAAAUUACAGGGAUUCAUACGUGAUCAAGAAUUCGAUCCUAGCCAGUUUUAUGCUUUAGGUCGGACUUGCUCUGUCAUAUGUACCAAGCAGACGGAAAGUUCAAUUCAUUGCGUCUCUGAAGAUAGAAUUCUGGUAGAUAAUCGUCAAGUUAGAUGCAGUAAGAAUCAUCAAUGGUUAACCAAGAAAACAAUUGCAGAUGUAGUUGAAGCAUUAAUUGGAGCCUACAUAGUUGAUAGUGGCUUUAAAUCGGCAAUUGCGUUUCUCGGAUGGUUUGGUAUACAUAUUGAAUUUGAAAUUUCUCAAGUAUGUCAUGCUUGGACGGCAAGCUCCAGGUUUAUGUCACUUGCAGACCGUAUUAGUAUUUCUGAAAUUGAAUGUGUUUUGGGUCAUCAUUUUGUUCACAGAGGCUUAGGUCUGCAAGCAUUUGUACAUCCAUCAUAUAAUAAGCAUGGAGGAGGUUGUUACCAGAGAUUGGAGUUUCUUGGUGAUGCUGUGUUGGAUUAUUUGAUCACAUCCUAUUUGUACUCUGUGUUCCCUGACCUAAAACCUGGCCAGUUGACUGAUUUGAGAGCAUCCCUUGUGAAUAAUGACUCAUUUGCCAAAGCAGCAGCUAAUGCAUUGUACAAAUUCAUUCUAUGUGAGAAUAGCAACCUGAGUAAUGCUAUUAAUAAAUAUUUGGACUUUAUCAGAAAGCCAGCUUCAGAAAGAAAUGUACUUGAGGAACCGUCAUGCCCAAAGGCUCUGGGAGACUUGGUUGAGUCUUGUUUUGGGGCUGUUCUUCUUGAUUCAGGGUUUGACUUAGAUCAUGUGUGGAAGUUGAUGCACUCGUUUAUGAAUCCUAUCAUGAAAUAUGCUAAUCUGCACUUUAUUCCUACUCGAGAGCUGAAGGAGCUAUGCCAGUAUCAUGGCUUGAAUUUAGAAUAUGUUAUUUCAAAAAGAAAUAGAAGUUUCAUGGUUGAGGCAAUAGUGAAAGGAAAAAGUUUUCAUGUCGCUGAAUCUGCAAUGUAUCGCAAUACUAAAGGAGCUAAGAGAAUGGCUGCACGGAAAGCUAUUGAAAAACUGAAGGCUCAGGGUUGUCGUCUGAAGACAUCAUUGGAGGAGGUCCUAAAAACGCUGCGCAAAAUGGAACCAAGGCUGGUUGGAUAUGAUGAGAUGCCUCUGUCGCUAGUGUCUUCCAGCGAUCUGCCCAAUGUUGGAAAUUUGUGCGUGGAGGAUCAUUCUCAUACUUCUGUGAAUCCAGAACUCACUUUCAGAAACUUGUCUUUGAAUGAUUGUCCUAUCCUCAAUGACAGUGCAAGUCCAGAGCCCAAUGUAUACGAAAUGCCAACAAUUGUCUCUAGUUCCCAGAAAAAAUCCACCAUAGCACCCGUUUCUUCGUACAAGAGACGGCAGCAUAGUCAAGACACUGGGGGUGAAAAUUGUAGCAUUGACUCAGAUGUGCAUGGUAGCCUGGGAAAAGCAACUGCAAAAUCGCGAUUGAAUGAGAUUUGCGUUAGAAACUGCUGGAAACCCCCUCUUUAUGAGUGCUGUAAAGAGGAAGGACCAAGCCAUUUGAAAUUGUUCACUUUCAAGGUAAUGGUGGUAAUCGAGGAAGCAGAAGAUGUGAUAUUGGAGUGCUUUGGCCAACCUCAAGCAAAAAAGAAAGCUGCUGCAGAAGAAGCAGCAGAAGGUGCACUUUGGCUGUUGAAGAAGGAAGGUUACAUCAGAUAAGAGCCACAAAUCACGACUUCAUGUGUAAUUGUGUAUAUACUAUAUAAUAUUAUAAUUGUGACACGAGGGAAGGAGGACCUAUGAAGAUUAUGAUAGUAGGCCUUAAGUCCGUUGGGCCUUAGAGUAGGCCAUAGGAGGCCCAAAUUUGACUAGUAAAUAAAUAAGAUGUAUUAAUUAUGGUGGGUAGUAGUUUUUGGAAGGGGCAAAAGGCAGUUAACUAAUUUUUUGGACUGUUAUUACAAAACUAAGCUGCUUAUGUAUCUAAAGACCUUUAAGCCUGAAGAUAUGGGCCAAUUUUGUAUGUAAAUUAGUCAAUUUUAAGGCAUUUGCCUCCUUCCGUCUGUUUUAUUGGAUGGUGUAUAUAUUUGAGCAAAAAGAAUGCAUAUUCACUAGUCAUUUAUUUUGACUUUAAA